CGAAGACAACGACAUUUAGCAAAAGACACUAUCUGCACCGCACUUUGCUGACCAGAAAAGUAUUUAAAAAUGACACGAUAUGCCACUCCAUUGUUCAUUGCGGCGUUUGCCUCUGUGGCAGUCGUUGAAGGAUUCACCAAUGUUAAUUCGAAAAUCGAAGUCCGACAACACACGACGGAACUGUACUUUGGCAUUCCCACGUUUGGGAAGAAAGACGAAGAGGAGGAGCCUGAGGACCCCAAGUUGGAAAAGAAGAAAAUUGGAAUGGAGGGAUUGUUCCARUUGAUUACGGCAGGAGCUGGAGCACCAUUUUUGGGCGAUUUUCAGGUACGGUUGGGACCGACAGCCUUACGACGAUCGUCAGAUGUUUGAUACUGAUCACAAAUGAGUGGAAAUUUGUUGUCCAAUUGUAUCCAGGAUGGAGUUGAUGGAUUGAAUGAUUGUAMCGAAAGKCUACUGGGACUUCUUUGGAGAAUAAUUAUGAUCCAGGCUCAACAUCAUACUCUUYUGCUUCUUCGUAUUUUCGUCUYGACACAAAAAUAUCAAUCAAUAGGGAGUGGACAAGGAAACYGGAAACUUCAUGUUCUCAUUAGAAGCGAACAACUUGGUGGACGAAGAUGGUAAAUCCAAACAGACUAGCAUGCCAUAUUUUGAGAGUGGAUGGGUAGACCCGAAAGAUUUGGAAAAGGAAGAGAAGAAGAAGAAAGAAGGAGGUUUCAGAUUUUGGUAAAAAUUUACAGUAGUUGUAUUGCGCAUGUGAUUGCUCUGUGCAACGAACGAAACAGUCUACAAGCUAAAAGCCUGCGGGGGCCGACGACACAAACUUGAACGUUUUAGAUUUUUGCUACUUACGGUGUUUUAUUUUAGUGAAUKGAUUGUAUCUACGCAUACCGAGUGAAGAACGAAAUUAACAAUUAACUGUAUCUAUUUCCUUCAUUUACUCUCAUUCACGAAAAAGAGYACUGUACCUUCGAACAGUGCUAGAGGCUUUCAACAAUUACAACUUGCUACAUAGUAUACGGAUAGUUGAGAACACAAACAUUAAAACAAUUAUUAACAGAUACUGUGUGCUUAGACCGAGCCGUGUAGAAAAAGAGAUUUUGGCGACCCUUUCAUUUAUUCCUUGUGUUAGUUUGGCCUUGCAGCAUUAUUGUCACCAUACUUUGGCACACCAACACRAACUUCAAUAUGCGGAUGCGGAUCAGAUUCUCUCUUUGCGCGACGGUAUGAAAUCAGUGGAUACAGCCAMAGACCUAAAAAUCCUCAACUUCUUCAAACCAGAAUCCGAUAGCGACCAUGAUGUAUGUCGUGAUCAAAACAGAUCCCAAAAGCCAGUUGCUUUUUCCUGUUCCUAAACAAACCGACACAGUGAAAAUGGAUAAAACAUAAAGGGAGAUCUCGUAGGUAGGAAAGUUAAGUGUCAUCGGCUUGUCGGCGCCCCAACCGAAGAUGACGGUAACCGGGACGACRAAAAGUGCAAUCUGUGUACAGGACCCAAUAGCAACACCAAGAGCAAGGUCCAUUUUGUUCUUCAUCGCCACGCUUACAGCGGUUAUAUGCUCAACAGCAUUUCCUACGAUGGGGAGAAUAAUUAAACCAACAAACGUUCUACUGAUACCGGACUCAGUACAAAAAUCAUCGAUACUUUCCACCAAAUAGUCGGAGAAGAUAGUGACGGCUCCAGUCGUGAUUCCUAAUCCAAGCAAUGCCAUCCACAUAGGAACGGUGGCUUCUUCUUCUUCCUCUUCUUCUUCUUCUUCUUCAUUGUCAGCUCCUUCGGUUUCAGAUUCAAAACUAUCAUGAUGCGUGUACAAUUGGAAGAACAAAAGCUGCAUGUACGAUAGAAGCAUAAAGCACGCAGAUACGCGAGAAAUGGUCAACACAUCUUCAUCCUCUGUUUCGAAGUAUUCUGCAAAUGGMGAAGGUAGAAUCAGUGCAAUGCUGCUCAACGCCAAUAGUCCCAUACCUGCCACUGCAUUAAUACCACAGAAAGUUUGCUCCUUGUAAUAAAAGCCACCGAAGAAGAAGCAGCAACCCAAGACUAAUAGCAAGUUCGAGAAAAUGGAUCCUAUCAUACUUGCCUGCACAACGCGGAUUUCGUCUUGCAUCAAGGCUUGAAUAGCCACUACAACCUCCACGGCGUUUCCAAAAGAGGCAUUCAUGAGGCCCCCAACAACAUCAUUUGUAUGAAGGGCCGCUUCUUCGGUGAAAUCUCCCAAGAUAGAAGCUAGAGGGAUCAUCGUGAGAAAGUUGAGCCAAAAAACCCAUCGAGCACCCCAAUUUAGGUAGUGAGAUGCUAAAGCGAACGGAGUAAAAAKGAGGAAAUAACUGAUGGGCUUUCCGACCCAGAUGUCCAGGAAGCUCUUCCAUUCAUUUUUCUUUCCAACCAGAUCGGAGGUUUUGACUUUUUGCUGWACCAAAUUGGUCUCUUCGGUCGCGAUUCCCGAAUCUAYACUUCCGGAAGAUAGGCCAAGUUCGACUGAAGUAUGCAUGUCCUUCAUUAAGUUUCUUCGAGAGGUGUUGACGUAUCUACGAGCAACGGCCUGAGCCCGGAAGGUUCCUACCUUUCCGAUGCCACCAUCUUGUGACUUUGUUUCCACUUCUUUGUUGCAUUUUCUGAGAAAGUGUUUUCUUACGCYGKGAACUGUAGGAUUG